UAUUUAUACUACUUUAUAGUUGAUAACUAAAUAUAUAUACUACAAGCAAAAAAAUGGGCACCACAAAGACUUCAGUGACUUUUUUACUUUUGAUAGUAUUAUUGGCAGCUUCUUUGUCGAGUUACAAUGUCUUUGCUUCAGAGAUCAAACCAACAGGGAGAAUCGAUGAUCUGUGCAAGACUACUUGUUCACCAACGUACGGAAAUGGUAAAUGUGGGGCAGACUGUAGGAAGGCUGGGUUCGCAUCCGGACAAUGUGCUACUUCUGGUCCUUUCGUAAACAAAUGUUGUUGCAACAAGUGAUAAAAAACUGAUAUUUGUCUUUGCAAUUAGCAUUGAUAUGUGUUUUUUUGGUUGUUUUUCGAUUUGCC